UGUUCAGGGACAGCCUGUCAGACACACACAGCUACUGUUGUCCUGUAGUCUUGUUUUUGUUUUUUUUAGCAGAAACCGUUCUUAUCAAAUCUCCUUCAACUGACGAGUUAAUAUCAAGAUGGGGAACACGCAUUGCCCUCCUGAGGACGCAGCCCACCUGGCCUCUAUUGCUCGAGACAUCUGCCCUUUCCCAAACUACAACCCCAAUCCUCUUUUCUUCAACAUGCUGUCCAUCAACUCUUCACUUCACCUGAGGAACCACUACACAGCAGUGCAGUCCUCCCUGACCCCCAAGCAGCUGGAGGACUUCACCCAGGGCCUGAGGACCACUUUUGGCAGGGAGGGCAAUGUCACUCUUGGCGGGGUGGGGGUAGUGGCCCUGUCCCUGGCAGUACUGUUUGACACUCUUGCCAGACAGGUCAGGGGAGAGUGGGUGUCCGAAUCAGGGCCCAUUCCAGGUUUAUUUGUCAAAAACCUGAGAGGGUACUACCCAGCGCAUGUCUACACAGCCAGUGAGUACCUGAAGCUGGUACCCCACAUUGCAAACAACCCUACCAGGAUGAUAGAGGAGUCAGAGAGGUACCUCAAGCAGUUAGUAAUCGAUCACCAAUCUUGGUGGAACAAGUUGGUAGAAAACCACACAAUGCCGAUAACAGAUGACACCACAGUAGUCAAUGUGAUGAUGGGACAACUUUUUGCAGUCAGUUUAUCCCUUCACCUAGGCCGCAUCACAAAUUCUACGGGUAAUCUGUCGGACCACAAUGACAAACAACUCCGUAGAGAUGCUAUUAUCUGGAAUCUCAACUGUGACCUAGAGGCUGCUGACAAAGAAUUUUUGGUUAAAGUAAAAAAAUCUGACAAACGCACCCAAGAAGCUUUUGAAAGCUGCACGCCAAAGAGUGGAUAUGUACCACAGACAUGGCUGCAGUAUGUAGCCAAGCUAGUAUUGGCAGAUGUCCUGUUCCUCCCUCUCUAUACUGGAUAUACAACUGAUGAUUCAGCAAUUGCUCACAGAGAAGAUUUUGAUCUAAAGGCCGAUGCACUCGUAAAAUGGGUAGAGUAAGAGUAGUUCACUGGCCAAUUUCCCAUAAAAUAAUCCUAUAUUAGUCCCACAGCAGGGGAAUUUACAGCUAGAAAGAAAAGUAAAAGAUAAAAGAUAGUAUAGUAGUAAUAUAAAAGAAAUCAAUCAAUCAAUCAAUCAAAAUCAAGACAAGAUAUAUAAAGUGGAACAUGAAACUGUUGGAAUACAUAAAGCUAGAUUAGCCAUUGAUAAAAUGUGCAUAGUCAUAAUGCAGGGAUAACCAGGCAAUAUAUAGGACAAAAGAGUCAGAAUGUGAUCAGUCAUAUAGUUUCAAUGUUAUCUGAUGUAGUGUUCUUUUUUCCUACUUGUUAAUCUGCUUGUUAGUUUGAACUGUAAACCAUCUUGUGUUUAAACCUAUUUAUUUAUUUUUUUUAAGAUUUUUUUUGGGGCAUUUUAGGCCUUUAUUUGACAGGACAGCUGAAGACAUGAAAGGGGAGAGAGAGGGGGGAGUGA